AUGUCUCAACCUUCAUCAUCAAGUCUUGUUUCGGUUACUCCGCCGAGCACUGUACCAUACAUAAAAUGUAACUUUUUGGAUAAAGAUACAGACCUCGAUCAAAAACCUGUCUGGAACAAUGAACUUGCCUUGUUACUUUCAUAUUGGCUUCAACAACGAACGAAUCAUGAUGAUAUAUUCGGCAGUUUUCAUUCAGCAAAUGCACAUACUGAUAGUUUAGGGGAAGUUGAUGUGAUAUCGGAUGCAGAGCAUAUCAAGAAACUACUCAAAGUUCCGUUUAACAAACACAGUCAAAUUUCCAUGAUUGUCCAUCGUCUAGGCCGAACGAUACUUCUCGAUGAAUUCGAUGUUCAUUCUCAUUUACUACGCUUAGAAAAUAAUGAAUGGACGUGGUUUCGCGAUUUUUUCCUUGAUACAAUUCUACGAAAUAUUUCAGUUAAACAUUUUUAUAAGAAAAACAAAACACGCGAUGAAUUAAUACGCAAAGAUCGUCUUAUUAAAUUUCUUUGUCAAAGCGUUGAAUUACCACAACUAAUGCGUUCCAAUUCCAACAAUGGUGAAUCGUCAUCCACAGAAACACCCACGGCGGCAGCACUUCUUCAACAAAUCAAAGAAAUUGUCAAUGCAAACAAUAACAUCGAAGAUGAAAAUAACGAAAAUAAGAAUACGAAUUUUACAUCGUCACCAUUUCAAAGAACGGUCAAUUGGACAUUUGAAAACAUGAAAAUGUUAAUCGGAUCCGAUCUACCUAUCUUCGGUGAUGAACAACAUCCAGCUGUCAGUCUUCGAUUAAGAGAUAUGAAUAAACCCAUCAAUGUUCUAACUGGCAUUGAUUGUUGGUUGGAUAAUUUAAUGUGUAAUGUUCCUGAAUUAGCUAUGUGUUAUCACGUUGAUGGUAUUGUUCAAUCGUAUGAAAUCAUCAAGACGGAAGAUAUACCAUACCGUGAAGGAUGUCAAUUUCCACCAAGUGUCAUUCGUGAUUUAGCGACCAAUCUUCUAUCUUUUCUGAAAGCAAAUGCCACCAAAGAAGGACACACAUAUUGGUUAUUCAAAGGUCCUGAUGAUGAUAUUGUCAAAUUGUAUGAUUUAACAAGUCUAUGCGAAACAGAUCGCGAUGAUAAUCCUUAUACAGUGCCAGUUGCUAGUUUAUUAUAUAAGAUGGCACAUAAUCUGGUAUUGAAGUCAGAUUAUGAAACGCGUUUGAAAGAAUCGGGAACGAUUCGUACAUUACUUAAACAUUGUCUUGACAUGCUUGAUCCAGAAAAGUAUCCGGAAUAUUACUGUGCAGCUGCAUACAUGAUGUCGGAUCUGUUUAUUGAUGAUAACAUAGGUGAACAAAGUUGGCAUUUCAAUGGAAAUGAGACAACAUUCGAAUCGGAAGCUUUCAAAGAUGAUUUAUCGUUUGAUAGCGAUAAGGAAUCAGUGACUUGUGCCUGUGUCGAUAUUAAAACAUUGAUACAACCGCAACAACAUCGAUAUCGAAAGAAUCCUGAUGUGCCACGACUAAAUCCGAUACAUGGUAAUCUUGACGGACGAGCUCGUGAAGCAUUGAAAUACUUAGUAGCGGCAAUACAUAGCAAUGCAAUUCAUCGUCGUUCUCAAUCGUCAACAGCAAAUUCUGAUGGACCUGAACCCGCAAGUCAUAACAGCGCAAACAAAUCCAAAGUGGUUAUUCCUUUACCUAAUCAGCCAAGGCGAUAUGGCACAAAAUUCCUAAUCGAUAACCAAAAUCACCUAACAAGCGAUCGACGUUUGAAGGCAAUUAUUUUACACAAAGCAGCGUCUGCUUAUUUUGCACUUGUGCAUCGAUACGAACGAGAAAAAAACUACGGCUCUUGUUUACGAUAUCUCCGUCUAUCGUUAAACUGUCACAGUGCAGAAUUGAAACUUCAAUCAGUCGAAUUAAAUAAUAGUCAUGUUGAAUGUCGAAAAUUGUUAUCCAAUAUAAUGAGUGUUGCAGGUGAUUGUCGUUUAAUGAUAUCACAUGUACUGUCAACGGAAGAGAUUGAAAAAUUUCGUGAACAAUAUCAAGUUACCAAUGAAAUUGACAUCGAAAUUCAAAAUACGAUCGAUGAAAUUGGUAUCGAUGAAAAUUCAUCUGAAUUUUCCUGGGUAUUUGAAUUGACACCGGUCGUUGAGCAUAAUCUUUGUGCGAGUGCGAAUGCGUAUGAAUAUGCGAUCAAUGUCGUUCGUCACCUUGGCGAGUAUGAAAAAGAACGACUUCGUGUUCUAAUGAAACGUUUGGGCAACGUAAGAAAUGAAAUGGGAGUGUAUUGGAUGAAUCGAUGUGCUCAAGCGAUAAAAACUUGCGAUCAAGAUGGAACCAAAGAAAUCAAAGAACUAUUUCGAAAAAGUUUUGAAAGUUUCGAUGCUGGUAUACAAGCAUUUGAAAAGAUUCAUGACAUUUCCAAUGUUGCACUAUUAAAUUCCAAUCUUGGUCGUCUGAUGAGAUAUCAUGCACAAUUCUAUGCGCCAAUCAUCGAUGGUAGCCGGGAUGAAUUCUCUCAAGAAGAACGACAAAGUUAUCAUAAAGCAUUCGAUUACUAUCUACGAGGUUUAAAAUUAGUUGAAAAUCGCACUGAACUAUUCGAAGUUUAUCGAACAUUAUCAUGGGAGUUAUCGAAUAGUUACUUCGCUAUGGCCACAUCUUUACAAGAUCAUGCACCAUUGACAACAAUGUCACAAGAAGAUGUCGAGAAAGAAGUUAUUGAAUGUAUGACACGCGCAUUGAAGUACCUUGAUGUUGAACUUAAUCACCCGUAUUCUGAUCGAUAUUCAUUAGCGAAAUAUCGAGCAGGUACAAUCCAUCAUCGAUUAGCAUCAUUAUUGCACAAUGCUUUUCGCACUGAAGAUAAUAAAGUUCGUCGAAAGCAUUUACGUUCUCUAGCUUCGUUACAUUAUGAUAAAGCGUUGAAAUUAUUUUCACCGCAUGACAAUCCACUUGAAUAUUUACGAUUAUUGAUUGAAGAAGUCGCACUGGCCGAUUUCGAACUUCAGAAUGCAACAGAUAACCCCUCAAGAUUAAAAUUUUCCCAACAAGGUUUAAACUUCUCCUUUCGAUGUGAAGAAACAGUCGGUAUUAUCGAUCAACAUCGUACCAGUCCAGAUCCGGAUGACUACAACGAAAUGUUCGCACAAGAAGCACAGCGUCUUCUUGCAAUAUUAAACGGACGUAUCCAAACAUUUCUCAAAGAGAUCGUGAAAAUAUUGAAAAUAACAAGUAAUAAGAAAUUACUUUAUGAUGAUUAUAAAGAAAUGUAUAGUAUAUCAUUGCGACUCAAUGACACAAUAUCGACAUUUCCACAUGAUUUGUACGAUGCAAUCAAACGUAUGAAAAAGAUCUAUGAGAAGAAUACCAGUGACUAA